CGCUCAUAGUCAUCAUGCGCCUGGCUGUCGCACGGGCUUGCUGCUCGCAUUGAGGACCAUGGCUGAUUGCUCUCCUUCGAAUUCACCAGCUCAGCGGCCUCUCUCUUAACUUCUCGCCCUCGAACCAUACGUCCUUGACACUUGUCUCCAUCAAAAGCAAUGGAAGCAGCCGUCCGCUGGUCGCCUCAUGCAAGCCAGCAGAAUCCACAGUUCCUCAUCAUCGAUGUCGCCGGGAAUCGUCUGCGUCUGUGCGAGAUCGACUCGGCCUCAAGUGAUGGCGACGUGCAGUACAAGCAGGUAGCGAACCGUGACAAGCUACCCAACUUCACCGCUUUCGACUGGUCCAAGACGCAUGAGCAUUUCGUGGCCAUCGGGUCGGCAUCCGGUGAAGCCAGCUUGAUUGAAAUUGACUCCAGCCGGCCGAAUUCCGAUUUCAUUCAUUCCUUUCCUAUCAAGCAUCAACGGAAAUGCAACUCGAUAGCCUUCAGUACCAACAAUCUGUUGGCCACAGGCCUGGAUAGAGUUCGAAACGACUUUUGUAUGAAUAUUUAUGAUCUGAACGUUGCUUCAUUCACCGCCAAUCAUGAGCCUUACAAGAAGCUGGCCAGCUCGGAAGCCAUCACCAGCAUCAAGUUCUUCCCUACACAUCCACAAACACUCGUGGCUGGAGUCUCUCGACAAUGUAUCAGGAUAUAUGAUCUACGAGACUCCGCUCCGGUCAGCUCUGCCCAGUAUGGGACGCGUCAAGUUCACAAUUUGUCAAUCGAUCCGUUAGAUGAGAAUUACAUCAUCUCUGCCGGUCCGACGGGCGACCCCGCUGUGAGUGUGUGGGACCGACGUUUUGCCUCGCGAUCUGGGGCCACAACCCCAUCCGGGGAAGCCCCACCCGCUGCUGUCGUUGAAUUACGUCCUGCUGUUGACAACAGCCACGUGGCUGGAAUAUGGUGCCUGCGAUUCUCUCGAAGCAAAAGAAACUGCUUUGGUGUUCUUUCCAGCAUGGGAGAGCUGAAAGUGGUCGACAUUGCGCAAUACGAAUCCAGAGAUCAAAGUCCCGCAGCCACAAUUCUACCACGCUCCCAGAAUUACGUCAGGUAUACACAUAAUUUGCGGUACCCUUGGUACGAUCCACAUUUUGGCCACGAUGAGGCUUCCCGCGUCGUUGCAUUUGAUUUCAUGGGCGAAGGGUCCCCCAUCGGAAGUCAUAGUGCCAUCGCUCUGCAUCCCAACCGAGAGGUUAAGGUUAUGAAGAUCCCCACCCGGGCACCCAGAGUGCAUUUAACGGCGCUCAACGAAUUGUACAUGGACCGUAUAGCUGUGGCCGAGCCAAGUUCACCAGAGGGUCCCGUCGCCGAAGACCUUACUCGGCUCCAGAACCGAACAAUUGGUGAAAGGUUUCCUUCGAAAACGUCCGUCAGGGUAAAUGGCCUAAGCGACACACCGCGUAUUGAAAGAUUGCGCAUGGAGAACUUUGGCCACAAGAUUCGCGAUGUGAGCCCGGAUACUAGUCGAGGGCACCACGAGGAGUUACUCACAAUGGGCUAUCCCGGUCUCAAGCUAGACAUUACUGACGCUCUGAAGGUGCUUGACGUCGCCAAGCGACGAGCUAAAGAAGGAUAUUGCUUGGACAGUAAAAGAAACAGACAAAUUGUGGCUAAUGAUCCAUGGCUCGUAGGUCUCUGGGAACUUAUCCAGAGACUAGAUGAUCUCGCCAAAGAUAAUGGUAUGGUUGCCGAAGGAGUUGACCUCAGCUACCUUGGCGUUGCCUACCUAUGGGAGAACAGCCUUGGUGCAAAGCGCAGCACCUACCGUCUAAUCAACAGACCUUCUGUGUCUGUGCCAGACUUUCAGAAUGUUGUUCGAAAGAUUGUGCAAGAGAAAGAAUACCCACCUUUCCAAGGUGCCAGGACUGAUUUUCCUGAACAUCGUCAGCUUUGUCUUGCUAUCUGCGGAUGGACAUUUUCGGGUCAACGCAUUCGCGACAAUUGCAAAGCGCUCAUUGAACAAGGCUACUACUACAAGGCCAUUGUGUUGGCUGUCUUUAAGGGCCACAAGGAUAUAGCUCUCGAUCUUCUGAAACAGCUUGUACGGCAAAGACAACUCCAGAACAUUGGUCUCGGAGCCGUGAUUGCCUGCGACAAGGUCAACGAAGAACAGCGAGAAAUGUGCGAAUGGAUGGCCGAGGAGAGUGAUGAGCCGUACCUUAAGGCGCUCCUCAAAUACUUCAUCACUGGUAACUGGAGCACGGUGACCAAAAUGGAGGAGCUGUCGCUUGCAGAUCGACUCGGAGUUGCUCUCAAGUAUCUUGAUGAUGUACAGCUCGGUCAGUUUAUCAAGCUGUCUGUUGCAGGCGCAAAGCUCUACGGUGAUAUCGAAGGCAUCGUCCUCACCGGACUCAGCGAGCGUGCUAUGGACCUCUUUGAGCACUAUAUCGCCAAAUGGGGCGAUCUGCAAACCGUCGUACUGGCAAUGGCUCGCAGCAAUCCCGUCUACAUUUCUGAUCCUCGCUGGGAAUACUGGAAGGAAACCUACUUCAUGCAGUUGCAAGUUUGGCGCUGCUUCCUCGAGCGCACGCGCUUCAUCGUCUCACACAAUAAAGUCGCCACGACUCGAGACGCUGUCUGCCUCAACAAACCCUUCCCACGCCAAAUCACCAUCCGUUGCAACCACUGCCAACUGAGCCUCGCUCGACGAGGCGACACGCUUGUCCCAGCGUCCGAAACCGCUUCGACGGCCAUUCACAAAGCACCAUCCUUCGGACCAGGCAUCACCGCUAAGCCCGCACAGCAGCAAAAAACGAACACGCCUUCGCACAACUCCGGUCUCGUUUGCCCUAACUGUAGCAGGCGCAUGCCGCGCUGCGGUAUCUGCAUGAUGUGGCUGGGGAGCCCGGAUCCAGCAACCUUGGGCGGGGCCGAGGCCCUCAAAGACGAGGACACGGAAGCGAAGCAGAUGGUCUUUUGCAUGACGUGCACGCAUGGGUUCCAUGGACAUCAUGCGCGGAAUUGGUUUGCGAAGCAUAAGAUGUGUCCGGUGCCGGACUGCCAGUGUAUGUGUGGGCUGUUGCGGUAGCCUCGCUUGCAGCGGCGAUCUACGUAGAUCAACUACCUUUCCUUUCUGUCAACAAUUGUCGGAUGCGCUCGGUUUAUGGCUUCGCUUCGUUGUUAAUAUUAAUUUCUGUACCGGAAGACCCGGGUGGUUUGCAACUUGUGUCUGAUUGAAGUCAGUGUUACUGUUAACAGAGAAUACAAGCUGGAAUUUCUUGCUAAGUUUGACAGCUGUAUUGAAUACUGGUUGGG